AUGUCCCACAGGAAGUUCGAAGCUCCCCGCCACGGGUCUCUGGCAUUCUUGCCGCGAAAGCGCGCUGCCCGUCACCGGGGUAAGGUGAAGAGCUUCCCUAAGGAUGACCCCAAGAAGCCCGUUCACCUGACGGCCGCCAUGGGCUACAAGGCCGGUAUGACCACAAUCGUCCGCGACCUUGACCGUCCUGGUGCGAAGUUGCACAAGAAGGAGAUUGUCGAGGCCUGCACAGUCAUCGAGACUCCUCCUAUGAUCGCUGUCGGUCUUGUCGGCUACAUCGAGACCCCCCGCGGUCUUCGCUCGCUCACCACCGUCUGGGCCGAGCACUUGAGCGACGAGGUCAAGCGCCGAUUCUACCGCAACUGGUACAAGAGCAAGAAGAAGGCCUUCACCAAGUACGCCAAGAAGCACUCUGAGGAGAGCGGUGCCUCCAUCACCCGCGAGCUCGAGCGCAUGAAGAAGUACUGCACCGUCGUCCGCGUUCUCGCCCACACCCAGAUCCACAAGACCCCUCUCAAGCAGAAGAAGGCCCACCUUAUGGAGAUCCAGGUCAACGGUGGCAGCAUUGCCGACAAGGUCUCCUACGGUCACGGUCUGUUCGAGAAGCCAAUUGAGAUCAGCUCCAUCUUCGAGGACAACGAGAUGAUCGACGUUAUCGCCGUCACCAAGGGUCACGGAUACAACGGUGUCACCUCCCGUUGGGGCACCAAGAAGCUCCCGCGUAAGACACACAAGGGUCUCCGUAAGGUCGCCUGUAUCGGUGCCUGGCAUCCUGCCCACGUCCAAUGGACUGUUGCCCGUGCUGGUCAGAUGGGUUACCACCACCGUACCUCUGUCAACCACAAGAUCUACCGUAUCGGUAAGGCUGACGACGAGGGUAACGCCUCAACUGACUUCGAUGUCUCCAAGAAGCGCAUCACACCCAUGGGUGGCUUCGUCCGCUACGGUGAGGUCAAGAACGACUUCGUUCUCCUCAAGGGUAACUGCCCUGGUGUCAAGAAGCGCGUCAUGACCCUGCGCAAGUCCAUGUUCACCCACACCAGCAGGAGGGCGCUGGAGAAGGUCGAGCUCAAGUGGAUCGACACCUCUUCCAAGUUCGGUCACGGUGCUUACCAGACACCGGCAGAGAAGAGGCAAUACGAGGGUGUCCUCAAGAAGGACCUCCAGACUUCGUCUUAG